AUGAACGCCAGGCCGAACAUCGUGCUGCUGAUGGCCGACGACUUGGGCAUCGGGGAUUUGUGUUGCUACGGAAACCACACCAUGAGCACCCCGAAUAUCGACCGGCUGGCCAGCGAGGGCGUCCUGCUGACCCACCACCUCUCCGCGGCGUCCAUGUGCACCCCGAGUCGGGCCGCCUUCCUCACGGGGCGCUACCCCAUCCGAUCAGGCAUGGCGUCACCCCAAAAUUCGAACCGCGACCUCCCCUGGCUCGGGGGCUCGGGGGGGCUCCCCGCCAACGAGACGACGUUCGCCAAGCUCCUGCGGGACCGGGGUUACCGCACGGGGCUUGUGGGCCAGUGGCACUUGGGCCUCAGCUGCGCGUCCAGGGGUGACCACUGCUCUCACCCCCAAAAUCAUGGCUUCGACUUCUUCUAUGGUGUCCCGUUGGGCCUGUUGACCGACUGCCAACCUGGAAGGACCCCCGAGUUGCACCGACGCCUGACCCUUGCCCUUUGGGGGUCCACCGUGGUUCUGGGCCUGGUCCCCCUCUUGCUCCUGAUCCCCCACUUGGCCGGCUGGUUCCACGUGCCCUGGGCCCUCCUCCUCCUCCUCUUCCUCCUGCCAGCCCUCUUCUUCCUCGGCUGGUUCUGCAGCUACGGAUUUGUGCGGCGUUGGAAUUGCAUCCUCAUGGGGGGCCAUGACAUCUUGCAACAGCCCAUGAAGGAGGACAGGGUCUCCUCCCUGCUGCUUCGGGAGGCGCUGGGCUUCAUCGACAGGCACAAGCGGGGUCCCUUCCUUCUGUGGGUGUCCUUCCUGCACGUCCGCACCCCGCUUCUCACCCGGGACAAGUUUCUGGGCCACAGCAAACACGGCCUGUACGGGGACAACGUGGCCGAACUGGACUGGAUGGUCGGAAAGAUAUUGGACCGUCUGGACCAAGAGAACCUGCGGAACUGUACCUUAGUGCAUUUCACCUCAGAUAACGGGGCCCACUUGGAGGCCCAGGAAUGGGGGUCCCCCAUGGGCGGCUAUAAUGGGGCCUACAAAGGCGGCAAAGGGACGGGCGGCUGGGAAGGCGGUAUCCGCGUGCCCGGCAUUUUCCGCUGGCCCGGGGUUCUAGAAGCCGGGAAGGUGCUGGACGUGCCCACCAGCCUCAUGGACAUCUAUCCCACCCUGUCCUAUGUGGCCGGAGGGAUCUUGCCCCUGGACAGAGUCAUCGACGGCCGUAACCUCAUGCCCCUGCUGGAAGGGAGAGUUUCGCACUCGGAACACGAAUUUCUCUUCCACUACUGCGGCGUUUCCUUGCACGCGGCCCGCUGGUACCAGAAGGACUGUGGGACCGUCUGGAAGGUCCACUUCGUGACCCCCAAGUUCUCCCCGGAGGGUUCCAACGCCUGCUAUUCCAGGGGUCUCUGUCCUUGCUCCGGAGACGUGACGAGGCACGACCCCCCGUUGCUCUUUGACCUUUCGAGGGACCCCUCGGAGACUCACCCUCUGGAGGGCACCGACCAAGAGGCGCUGCUGGACUCGGUGGUCAGCACGGUGGAGGUGGCCGUGAGGAAACACCGGGCCUCCCUGUCUCCGGCCCCACAGCAGCUGUCCCCCUUCAACACGGUGUGGAAACCCUGGCUUCAGCCGUGUUGCGGGUCCUUCCCCUUGUGUGGCUGCGACAAAGAGGGGGACAUGCUGGGGGCGUCUUUGUGA